AAGAAGCUAACUCAAAUUUCAGUGUAGUGUGUUUCCAUUUUUCAACUUUGAAGCUCAACUGUUUCAAUGGCAAAGCCAGUUUCAAUUGAGGUAUGGAACCCAAAUGGGAAAUACAGAGUUGUUAGCACAAAACCAAUGCCCGGAACUCGUUGGAUCAAUCUCCUUAUCCAGCAAGAUUGUCGUGUUGAAAUAUGUACACAGAAGAAAACAAUUCUCUCAGUUGAAGACAUUAUUCAACUAAUUGGUGAUAAGUGUGAUGGAGUUAUUGGUCAGUUGACUGAAGACUGGGGAGAAGAGUUGUUCAAAGCUUUGAGCAGAGCUGGAGGCAAAGCUUUCAGUAACAUGGCAGUUGGUUAUAACAACGUUGAUGUCAACGUUGCUACCAAGUAUGGUGUUGCUGUUGGAAACACUCCUGGAGUUCUGACUGAGACAACGGCAGAGCUGGCAGCUUCAUUGACUUUAGCAGCUGCUAGAAGGAUAGUUGAGGCUGAUGAGUUCAUGAGGGCAGGAUUAUAUGAUGGAUGGCUCCCUCAUCUUUUUGUUGGAAAUCUGCUGAAAGGACAAACAGUUGGUGUUAUUGGAGCUGGCCGUAUUGGAUCGGCUUAUGCAAGAAUGAUGGUUGAAGGAUUCAAGAUGAACCUGAUUUACUUCGAUCUCUACCAGUCAACUCGACUCGAAAAGUUUGUUACAGCUUAUGGUGAAUUCUUGAAAGCGAAUGGCGAGAAACCGGUGACUUGGAAAAGGGCAUCAUCCAUGGAUGAGGUCCUUCAGCAGGCAGAUAUAAUUAGUCUUCAUCCUGUCUUGGAUAAAACCACUUAUCAUCUGGUUAACAAGGAGAGACUCUCCAAGAUGAAGAAGGAAGCAAUACUAAUAAACUGCAGUAGAGGGCCUGUUAUUGAUGAAGCUGCACUUGUUGACCAUUUGAGGGAGAAUCCAAUGUUUCGCGUAGGACUCGACGUGUUUGAGGAUGAGCCUUACAUGAAACCUGGGCUCUCAGAGAUGAAGAAUGCUAUUGUGGUACCUCACAUUGCUUCUGCUUCUAAGUGGACUCGUGAGGGAAUGGCCACACUAGCUGCUCUAAAUGUUCUGGGUAAGAUCAAAGGGUACCCAAUUUGGUUUGAUGCCAAUAGAGUGGAACCGUUUCUGAAUGAGAAUACUCCACCACCAGCUGCAUGCCCAAGCAUUGUUAAUGCAAAAGCUCUUGGUUUGCCAGUUUCAAAGCUAUAGGCAUGUCUACAUGCUCGUGUUUUUUUCUCCUAUGGGGGGCCUUCAAUUGCAGAAAAAAAGAUCAAUUUUUGUGUGUUGAGUUAGGCUCUUGUGGCAUGGAAGGGUGAAAUACCUGAGAAGAUUUGAUAUGUAGAGUGCUGAUGGCAAUGUAUGAAUAAUUACAUACUAUCAUGUUCAUAUUAGCAACUUAGCAUCAAGUACUUGUAAUGCAUUUGAAAUGCUAAAUAAGCAUAAAUGAACUUACAUACAUGAGGAUUGAGUAAA